AAUGGCGUCUUCGGAGGAGCUCGGAGACACACUCGACGUCGAUGUCGUGGGCCUGGUGGACUUGGACUUUAAGAGCGAACCUGAUUUUUUCGACUUCGACUCUGAGGGAGAGUUUGGGCUUUUUGGGGAAGCGGGUGUUGCUCUGCACACCACGGCAACCACAACCCACACAGGCCAACCGACGACCACCAACAGCCACAAAACACCAUCGAGCCUUGUAGGGACAAGCACUAGUACCACGCAGCAACAGAGUUCUGGGUCUCCAAAUGGCAAGCGGUCUUCGCAUAACCGGAAGCGGAAGAGCCACUGGAAUGAGAUCGAGAAGGAUCUUUUUAUCAAAGGCAUGGAACUCUUUGGACCCAACUGGAAUAGAAUCUCAAACUUCAUAGCCACCAAGACUGCAGGACAAGUGCGUAGCUUCCACAAAAAAUGGGCAGAGACUGUGAAUGUAAUUCAAGAAUCAGAGAGCUUAGAGCAUUCCUAUGUUUUAAUGCCCGUUGAUCCUGGUUGCAUUACAACAGACCUGGAGGACCCACUGGGACUCAUUGAGACAGCAACUACCACUGUUACAACCACCCCCCUGUCACCAAAGAGAAGCAGGAAUGCACUCGGAGAAAGCAAAAAGACUCUUGGUAUUGAUGAUGACGCUCAGGAUUUCCAUUCGUCCGUUGAGGUUUUUGUUCCCUCUGUGGGUGAGGAGUGGGUGAUUGAAACCGAUGGAAUGCAGACCUGCAUUGAGAAUGUUGCCAGCUCCCCCAAAAAGUCUCCAGAGAAGAGGAAGAAAGAAAACCACAAGAAAAUCAAGAGGAAAAAGAACAGUUCUCCCGUCUCUCAGCUGCCGUUCAAGAUGAAGUCACCUCAGAGACCGAAAAAGAAGACUAAAAAACUCAAGCUCACUAUUGGACUGAACGGGUUGAAUCAGGAGGUUAUUAGUCAGCAAGUAAAGUCACCAACAAAAGAGAAUGAGAGCCUUUCGAAGAAAAGUCCAGCACCGUUCAUGGAGGGUCAGGUUGUUCAUAUAGUGAAAGAUGACAUGGAAGAAAGCGAUGUUGAUAUUGAUGUAAGUGAUGACGAACAGCUGAUGAUUGUUGAUAAGGCACCAAGUACCUCAGUGGCUCAGCAAGAUACUAAAGAAAAUACCAGUGACGAAGUAGUGGAAACUGUGGAAAGUAAGAGUAUCCAACCUGUCAAAGAAGGCUAUGGCUCAGAAAGUAGGAAACAGUUGGUGUUCAAUUUUUCGCCUCCAGCUCAAGAGUAUGAAAUGGAUAUGAACACCAUUACUGAAGAAGAAAAGAAAGUUCAUUUUGAGUAUUUUGAUAGUAGAGGUGUCAAGACGCCUGAGAGGUAUUUAAAGAUUCGGAACUACUUACUGGGUUUUUGGAAGCAGGUGAGACCAAAGUAUGUUAGAAAAACAGCAGUACGUGCAGGUCUGAAGAACUGUGGUGAUGUGAAUUCCAUUGGGAAAGUGCACGAGUACCUUGAGAAAAUUGGAGCAAUAAAUUUUGGGUGUCCAGAGAGUAAUUAUAGUACUCCCUUAAUUGUUGGAGUGAAACAGAAAGAAAAGGUAGCAGUUCCGAGCAAACCGGUGGCCAAAGUAGAUAGAUCGGAAGUGACACGCCAGAAACAGAAAAAGAAGUGGGAUGUUUCCAUGAGCGAAGGAGGAGGCCUCACAAUCAGCCAUGAUGAGUCGGGAGCCAUUGUCGAUGCCUGUCAUAUCCCUGAGGCUCCUCGGAAUAGAGCUGGCCUAGGGGCAGGGAGGAGUGGAGGCAGGCUGGAGCAGUUCAAGCUCGUCCGCUGUCUGGAACAUGACCCGGAUACCCCGGCUCCAUUCUCUGUUGUCAUGCAUGCUCAUGCACUUAUUACUCUUGAUAUUCAUGCUCACACUUCCUUGGCAGAGGUAAUGGGUUUGCUAGGUGGGUAUUAUGAUCCAGCUGCCCAUACAUUGCAUGUGACAGUUGCAGUACCGACGAAGGCUGUGAGCUCUGGUGUGGAAUGCGACAUGUGUCCUGUGUCUCAGAGUGCAGCCUGCACUGCCAUACAUGAAGGUGGAGUUCAAGUUGUAGGCUGGUAUCACUCCCACCCGACCUUCCCACCCAACCCGUCGGUGCAGGAUGUAGAAACCCAGUCUCAGAUGCAGCAGUGGUUCGCCCGCCAAGACGCGCCUUUCCUUGGCAUUAUUGUGAGUCCCUAUUGCCCUACCAACCGGAGCGAGGCUUCUCAGAUCAGAUGUAUUGUGUUAGACAAGCCGCCCCACGAGAAUACCGGUAACGCAGAAGGAGGAGCAGCAGCACCACCGUCCGGGACGCCGUACAAGCUCUCCUGGUCUGUCAGCGAGGUCAUUCCGGGGGCAUGGGGGGAAGUGUGUCAGGGCAUCAGGCUAGUGGUGGGCGGCGCGAGAGAGGAUGGCAUGGCUGUGGAGUGGCGAGGGGAGUGGCGGGGACAAGUGACCAACUGGGAGAAGGCGAUAGCGUCUCUCAAACAUCAUCUACCUCCUCAUCUGUACGGGCCGCUGCAGGCUGUGCGCACGACCUUCCUUGCUGCUGUGAGAGAAUAUAUGGAUAGCUAGUUUUGUGAUUGGCGGUGUGAGUCGUGUCUGUUCUUGAUUAUGCGAUGGCUUCGUUAUAUAUAAGAUGAUGGCAUAGUUCAUAUCUUCCAUGCGAUUUGUUACGGGAGAGUCAACAGGAGUUACCAAUUACAGUAUGUGAUGCAAUGUAUGCUUACAUUCGAAGGGAAUUGUUAAAUGUCACUUCGUUCUAGAAGUAAGCUUUAAGUUUGUAUAUACUGAAUUUUAUGUACCUGAUAUUGUCAAUAAAUAUAAUAGUAAACAGUUA